GAGACCCCGGAGAUGCUUUCCGGCACCCAGGGGGCGACAGGUGCAUGUGAGGACGCGGAGCUGCGCUGCCGGGUGGCCGUGGAGGAGCUGAGUCCCGGAGGGCAGCCUCGCAAGCGCCAGGCUCUGCGCGCGGCGGAGCUGAGCCUGGGUCGAAACGAGCGCCGCGAGCUCGUGCUGCGACUGCAGGCCGCGGGGCCGGCGGGGCGGCCGCGGUGCUUCCCGCUGCGCGCCGCGCGCCUCUUCACCCGCUUCGCCGCGGCCGGGCGCAGCACGCUGCGGCUCCCCGCGGAAGGCGCCCCCCGGGCUGGCUCCGUGCAGCUGCUGCUCUCCGACUGUCCCCCCGCGCGCUUGCACCGCUUCCUGCGCACGCUGCGCCUGAAGCUGGCGGCCGCCCCGGGGCCGGGACCCGCCUCUGCUCGCGAGCAACUCCUAGGCCCGCGGCCCCGAGACUUUGUCACCAUCAGUCCAGUGCAGCCCGAGGAACUGCGGCGUGCAAAGGCCACCCGGGCUCCAGAUUCCGUGCUGGAGAAGCAGCCAACGGAAUCCAAGCCUAAUACCGACGCUCCAAGGUGGCCCCUGCCUGUGAAGAAGUUGAGCAUGCACUCCACCAAACCGAAGCUCUCUGAGGAGCAGGCUGCCGUGCUGAGGGCGGUCCUGAAAGGCCAGAGCAUUUUCUUCACCGGGAGUGCAGGGACAGGAAAGUCCUAUCUGCUGAAGCAUAUCCUGGGUUCCCUGCCUCCUACGGGCACUGUGGCCACUGCCAGCACUGGGGUGGCAGCCUGCCAGAUCGGGGGCACCACCCUUCAUGCCUUUGCAGGCAUUGGCUCAGGCCAGGCUCCCCUGGCCCAAUGUGUGGCCCUGGCCCAUCGGCCAGGUGUGCGGCAGGGGUGGCUGAACUGCCAACGGUUGGUCAUCGAUGAGAUCUCCAUGGUAGAGGCAGACUUGUUUGACAAGUUGGAAGCAGUGGCCAGAGCUGUCCGGCAGCAGAAUAAGCCGUUUGGGGGGAUCCAGCUCAUCAUCUGUGGGGACUUCCUACAGUUGCCACCAGUGACCAAAGGCUCCCAGAACCCUCGAUUCUGCUUCCAGGCCAAGAGCUGGAGAAGGUGUGUGCCAGUGAUUCUGGAGUUGACUGAGGUUUGGAGGCAGGCAGAUCCGACCUUCAUCUCUCUACUGCAGGCUGUGAGGUUGGGCAGAUGUUCAGAUGAAGUCACCCGCCAGCUCAGGGCCACAGCUGCCCAUAAAGUGGGAAGAGAUGGAAUUGUGGCCACGAGACUCUGCACCCACCAGGAUGACGUGGCCCUCACCAAUGAGAAGCGGCUGAAGGAGCUGCCAGGCGAAAUACACAGUUUUGAGGCUAUAGACAGUGACCCCGAGCUGGCCCAGACCCUGGAUGCCCAGUGUCCUGUUAGCCGUGUCCUUCAGUUAAAGCUGGGGGCUCAGGUCAUGUUGGUGAAGAACUUAGCAGUGUCUCGGGGCCUGGUGAAUGGUGCCCGAGGAGUGAUAGUUGGCUUUGAGUUGGAAGGGAGAGGGCUACCCCGGGUACGGUUCCUGUGUGGUGUCACUGAGGUCAUCCGCACUGACCGCUGGACAGUACAGGUCACUGGGGGCCAGUUCCUCAGCCGGCAGCAGCUUCCUCUACAGCUGGCCUGGGCAAUGUCCAUCCACAAAAGCCAGGGCAUGUCUCUGGACUGUGUGGAGAUCUCUCUGGGCCGUGUGUUUGCCAGCGGUCAAGCCUAUGUCGCCCUCUCCCGGGCCCGCAGCCUCCAGGGCCUUCGCGUGCUAGACUUCAACCCCAUGGUGGUUCGCUGUGACCUCCGAGUGCUGCGCUUCUACGCUACCCUGCAGCAGGGGAGGGGCCUCAGCCUGGAGUGCCAGGAUGAUGAGGAGGCAAACUCAGAUCUGGAGAACAUGGACCCAAACCUUUGA